AUGGCGUCCUACAUGGUUCCAGCCGCCGUUAAGUCCUCUGCAGUGUUUUUGUUGACAAAACGAGCUCAAUCUGUAAAUAAAAUCUACCGUCUUCCACGGACUGCCACCGCAGAAGGUUCCAGGUGUUUCAGUCUCUCUGUGUCAUCCCGCUCCUCUUCCUCGGACACUUCAGCUACAGACCUUUGUGGCUCCGGUGACAUUGUGGGUCACUUUGAGCGGCUUGUGCAAAGUGGCUCCCUAAAGAAGGACGUUCAGCAGAAAUAUGUCCUCCAGCGGCUGGCUCUACUGCAGCAAACCUUAAAGACUUAUACUAACAGUAUGUACCUGAACCCACCAUCAACAGAACACGACAAAGAUCACAGCAGUCAACCUCUAUAUGAUGAUGCUACAACAACAAAAACGGAACCUCCUCCACAACAACCACCACCUCCUAAGGGUCUCUAUAUAUAUGGAAAUGUUGGCUCAGGGAAGACCAUGCUCAUGGAUUUGUUUUACUCCCAUGUGGAAAACAGUUGCAAAAAGAGAGUCCAUUUCAACAGCUUCAUGUUGGAUAUCCAUAAGAGGAUCCACCGCAGGAAACAAAGCCUACCGAAGCGAAGGCUAGGGGAAAUGUUCAACUAUGACCCCAUAUCUCCGGUUGCCAUGGAGAUCAGCAGUGAGAUUUGCCUGUUGUGUUUUGAUGAGUUUCAGGUGACUGAUGUUGCUGAUGCCAUGAUCCUGAAGCAGCUGUUUGAGGCACUGUUCAAAACCGGAGUGGUGGUGGUGGCCACCUCUAACAGACCCCCAGACGAUCUGUACAAAAACGGACUUCAGAGGGACACCUUCCUACCUUUCAUCGACGUGCUAAAGAAAUACUGCCACACUGUCUGUCUGGACUCUGGGAUUGACUACAGGAGGCUGGACAGGCCCGUGGCUGGAAAACUUUACUACCUCACAGGAGAACCUGGAGCAGAGGCUUACCUGGAUGCACUGUUUGAGGAGCUGGCAUUAAGACAGAAAAGUGUUACUGGUUCUCGUGUUCUCACUGUCCUGGGCAGAGAUGUGACUCUUCAGAAGACGUGUGGCUCCAUCGCUGAUUGUACUUUUGAAGAACUGUGUGGUAAACCAACGGGUGCCAGCGAUUACCUGGAAAUGGCACGGAUCUUUGACACUGUAUUCAUCCGCCACGUCCCCAAACUGACGCUGACUCUGAAGGACCAGGCCAGGCGCUUCACCACGCUCAUAGACAAUUUCUAUGAUCACAAGGUGAGAGUGGUGCUUCUGGCAGCGGCUCCCUUAGAGCAGCUCUUCAUCCAUACUGGAGGAGAAGAUGAGAGAGAUCGACAGCUGCUGGAUGACCUGGGCCUCAGUGAUGAGGCAGCAGAGAGGCUCACUCUGUUCACAGCCGAGGAAGAGAUCUUUGCUUUUCAAAGGACCGUCUCUCGGCUGAGGGAAAUGCAAACUGAGGCUUACUGGAUGGAGGGAGAUCGCAGUUCCAGCAGUAGACACAUGAAUAGCUAACAUCUGCAGUUGAAAGCUUGAAUAAGAAACUACCUCCCAAAAGCAUGAUGCCUCACUAACCAGCUUCACUCCUGAUGGAGUAAAUCAAAAUGUCUUAGAGCAGCCAGUCUUCAGGGGCUGAUGUCCUGCAUGUUUUGGAUGUUUCUCCGAUUCAGCACACCUGAAUCAAAUGAAGGAGCUCUUAGCAGGUCGUGCAGAAGUGGAUGUCAUGGUGAGGAGGCAAUUCAGCUGUGUGUGUAGUGAUACAUCCAAAAACAUCCAGGACACUGGUUCUGUUUCAGAGUAAGCAGUACUUUGCAACAAACUGUAAAACAAAAACUGCAUCCCAUUUCAUCUGAUGUCUCCUCAUGUUUUAUAUGAGUUGAAGAUGUCCUGCAAGGACUGCUCUCUCCCCCUCGUGGACCGCUGGUUUAAAAGGUCGACAGCUUUCCAAGGAUUUUACGCUACAGUGGGGAGAGGAUCAAACAUCCUUCCUUAGCGGGUGAUUAGUGCCCUCUAGUGGAGGAAAGUUUAUCAAAUAUUUUUUUAAACCAGGUUUUUUUUCCUAAUCUGAAUGUUGUUCAAACAUGAGGAAGUGCAUAAUUGUGAAGUGAAAAGAAAUGAUGCGUAGUUUUCAAUAUUUGUUUACACAAUCAGACAUCUGGAAGACAUUGCAGGUAUUUGUAAUGUUUUCAUUAAGUUGGGUGUUAACCAAACCCCCACUUGAAUGCUUUGUUGAAGCAUCAAAUUUGAGUUUUUCACACCCAGCAACUCGAAUGCUUGCCCAGUAUUUCCAGAGAGGGAGCAUUCCCCCCAGCAUGAUACUGGCACCACCAUGUUCCACUGAUGAUGCAUUCAGAGGGGGAGCAUUAAAGGAAAGGUGAAGCCAUGUCUUAUUUCUUUAAAUGGUGUUUACAAGAUCAUCCCAUCUGGAGAUUGACUGACUGGUCAUAUACAAAUAACACCACCCAUCUUUACUUUGACUCUCUGAGUCUUUUUUUAAUUAAUUUUAAGAUAUUUUAACUCAUUUUCAAAGGGCUUGCACCUCGUUACCUUAAGUCUAUAUACACUUCAAGUAGAUCACAGAAGUCUGUUGAACAGUUUCUUGUUGUUUCUGCAGCUGAAACAUAAGAGGCUAGGCUUUUGCAUUAGCUGCACAUUAGAACCUACAGCGCUUUGGCCAAUGGCUUUUUUUUUUCUUCAAAUCUAAUUUUUAAUUGAAAGGGACUUGGCUUUCUAGGUGCUAAAUACAAAUACUUUCCAGACAUUUCAGAUUUCUAUUUAUUUGAAACAAUUUAGCCCAUGUAUCAUUGUCCUUCUGUCUCACAAUUAUGCUCUGCUUUUUUGUCUAACAUAUGAACUCCGUAAAAUACACUGCUUUGUGGGUGUAUCAUAACCAAACUACUAAAAGUUUUUAGAGGGUGUGAAAGGCACUUUAAUGUAAAGAAUCUGAACUAAGUGAUUUUAAUGGAAUAUCAGGAAAUGUACAAUUUAAUGAAAAAACACAUUUGGAUACAAAUGCCUGUUUUGAUUGUUCAUUUAUUUGUACAAAACAAAUAAAUGAACAAUUGGCAAUAUAUUGCAUUGAAACGUGAUAUAUCUUGCAAUAUAUCUUUCUUGAUGGUUGUGCACAGAACAAGAUCCACGGCAGUACUUAUUCCAACUUCUAAGAUCAGUUUGGGUCUUUGGUAAACAUAACAUGCAGAAGAAAUUAAUAGUACUUGGAGAAAUCCCACACAAGGUAAUUCCACAGAAACUGUUACUCAAGCACCCUUUACCCUUUAACUGUUACUCUAUUUUUGUAUGAUUAAAUAACUUGGUUUUUCAUGGCAUGAAUGCUCAGUGUUGGUGAAUACAUGAAUAAAUUAAAAUAAAAAGA